UGCCUGCUCCCCUCGAUCCAGUCGGACUCCUCUUUCCUUCUUAUUCAGCAGACAUUACUUCAGGGAUCUUUAUGGGUUUUGUAGAUUUACUUUUCUGAAAUGUUUGUCAGUUUUCCUCCCGGACUCAGCAGGGUUGUAAAGAUCUUCAAAAUUUGAUCGAAACAAUUCAGCAUCUUCACUUCCAUCUUCCCAUCACCUCCACCUCCACCUCCACACUCCAUCCUCUUCCUCCAGCAUCCCUGUGGACGCGCGCGUCCAUGGCCGUGUCUAAGAGCGGCGGGACGCUGCGGGAUCUGCAGCUGGCUCUGCAGCUGAAGAUCGAGGAGCUCCGGCAGAGAGACGCUCUGAUCGACGAGCUGGAGCUGGAGCUGGACGCCAAGGAUGACCUGAUCCGGCAGCUGCAGGUGGAGCUGGACAAACACCGAGGAGCGUCUCAGCGCGAGGACACAACAAGUGCAGGUGAAUCGGAGGUUCAGACUCAGGCAGCCUCCGCUGAGCCUCAGCGCACUAAGAGACAGGCCAUCUCUGCAGAGCCCACAGCACUGGACCCCUCCCAGCUCACUGACGUCCCCCUCACCAGCUACUGCAAGAGCAAAGAGUCAUGUGAGCUGAUCCAAAGGGCACUAAUGAACAACGAUUAUAUGAAACAUUUGGAAGACAGGCAGAUUCUCACCAUCGUGGACUGUAUGUACCCCACCAGCGUGGCCAAAGGUUGCUGUGUGAUUCAGGAGGGAGACGUGGGCUCCACGGUCUAUGUUCUGGAGG